CCUCCUCGUUGAAGCUCCUCUGCAGCCUCAGACCUCGGCUCUCCAGAAACAGCCUCCCAGCGACCGGCCACAGUCACUUCAGUGACUCGGCUCCUCAAACCCCCUCUGGCUUCACAGACCCUAAGUUUGGUUCGGGUGCCACGCGGGAUUAGGCCCGUUCGCUUUUGUUUUUCGGCCGAAGAAAGUUGUGUUUGUGUUUUGUUUGGCUCCCCCGGAGAGCGCAGGUAUAGUCUGCCAUGAGCGCACUCUGCUGCAGAUCCACCGACUAGAGGCGGGGAGGUCAGGUCACUACAGGGCUGCAGUGUUUGCACUGUGACCCCUGGGCUUUGAGCACGGACAGUGAAGAGGACACGCCAGGCAGGUCGGGACCAUGGAUAUUGGCAACGAUGUCGAUCUGUCCAACAACAACAACAUCACUCCUCUGUGGAGGCGGCGCACGGGCAAAAAAAAACAGGACUCCAGCAAACCGAAGCCGCGACCUUUCAGCUACCACAUUAACGGGGCCGCGACGACGGACUUCCCCGUGGAGGACAACAGGUGUUCCCUCACCUCGGGCCAACCUGCUGAGAAGUUGGCGGCCGCCCCGCCAUGUUCGGGCAGUAACCUUGUGGUGCUGAAGCACAUCCUACACAAGCCCUCCAGGAAAUCCCGCGUUGUUCGAAGCAUCAGCAUCGGGCACCUCUCCAGUGGACUUUUCUCGCUGUCCAGAUUUAGGUCCGAGGACAGCAGAUCUGCUUCACUGGACAAUCGAGUGUGUAAUGGAGAUCACGACAGGGGGAAAAGCAGUAAUGGAGAGACGGUGUGGCCCGAAAAGCGUCUCCUGGACUCCCACGUACGCCUGUCCAGUCCAUUCACUCUGAGUACACAGAAAGACGAGAUAGCAUUUGGGACGAGUUCCCCCUCACCCGAAGCGUUUCCUGUCAACUGUUCCUCUCCUGUCCUUUCUCAAUGCACUCCUACCACCAACAACAACAACUACAACCACCAUGAACUGUCUUCCCUUUCAUCUGCAUCCAGCUCCUCUCCUCCAGCCUGUCGCACCCCUACGCCCUCCCACAGCUCCAUCUCCAGCAUCCCCUCCCUGUCUUCCCUCACCUCCUCAGACCCCCCGACGCCCCGUUCCCCGUCACCGGCAGACAGAGGACAGGCACUCCUGAAACAGUCUUCGCCCUCGCCGGCCUCCUCACAGGACACCAGGCAUGCCUCUUCCUCCUCUUCCAUCUCUUCCGCCUCGGCCUCUCCCUCUCUUUCUCCAUCCAUCUCUCCUUCUCCCUCCAUCAUUCUCAGCACCCACAGUCGUGCGGCCCUGAAGAUGGGCACCCAGCAGCUCAUUCCCAAGGGUUUAGCAUCUGAUGUGCGGCAGAGCAAGGUGCCUCCCUCUGGGCAGCUUGGCCAAGGUUUGGCCGGGCUGCUUGGGCUGGACCAUUCCAAGCGAGCGUUGAAAUCCCUCAGUAUGGUGGAGACAGGGGCCUACUUUUCCACAAGCAGGGACCACAGUGAAGGGACAGAGGGCGAGAGCGAGAGCCCGGGGACACUGAGGAGAGGCUUGAGGAGUACAUCCUAUAGGAGGGCUGUCGUGAGCGGAGUCGACUUAGAGGUCCCAGGAGUAGAUCCCAAGGUUCAUCGGUUGUCCCAGCCGCUCAUCCAAGGACCAGAAUUGGAUAAGCCAGCUUCACCGGUGAACCCAGCGAGUCCCGGCAAUGUCAACCUCACGAGCCCAGUAACAGCCAAGCCUGCGAGGCCUAGGACGCCCAAGCUUGCUAGUCCUGGGACACCUAAACUGACCAGCCCCGGAUUUUCUAAGCCUUCUAGCCCUGGGAUAGAGAAGCCUACCAGCACUGGGAAGAACAAGAAUCCAGAUAAGAAGAAGGUUUUGACUUCUCAGCGGACAUUUGACAGUGAGGAGGAGGAGCUGUAUCAGAACUACCAGGAAAAGGCCUUGCACAACGAUUCAGAUGAGGAUGCUGAUUCGAGAGAUUCCGCUGGUGAUCGUGGCAUCGUGGUGCAGUACAGACCCAUACGCACCUCCUGGAGCCAGCUCAGUGUGGUAAAGAAAAGUGGUCUGUCUGAUCGGAUGAGUCAAGAGGAUCGCAAAAGACAAGAGUCCAUCUUUGAGGUGAUCUCGUCAGAGCACUCAUAUCUCCACAGUCUGGAGAUCCUGAUCCGCAUGUUCAAGAACUCUGCGGAGCUCAGCGAGGCCAUGACCAAGACUGAACACCACCACCUCUUCUCCAACAUCACCGACGUCUGUGAGGCCAGCAAAAGGUUCUUUAAGGAAUUGGAGGAAAGACACCAACAGAACAUAGUGAUCGAUGACGUCAGCGACAUUGUCUACAAGCACGCUCAGUCCAACUUUGACCCUUACGUCACAUACUGCUCCAAUGAGGUCUACCAGCAGAGAACCCUGCAGAGGCUGGUGUCCAAGAAUCCAGCUUUCAAGGAGGUGCUGACCAGGAUAGAGGGCCACCCAGACUGCAGGAACCUCCCCAUGAUCUCCUUCCUCAUCCUGCCCAUGCAGAGGAUCACCCGUCUGCCCCUGCUCAUGGAUACAAUUUGUCAGAAGACGCCCAAAGACUCUGCACCGUAUGAAGAGUGUAAGAAAGCUUUACAAGCAGUCAGCAAGGUGGUAAGGAAGUGUAAUGAAGGCGCUCGGACAAUGGAGAGAACAGAGAUGAUGUACACCAUUAACUCUCAGCUGGAGUUCAAGAUUAAGCCUUUCCCGCUGGUCUCAUCCUCCAGGUGGAUGGUAAAGAGAGGGGAGCUGAAGGCCUUUGUGGAGGACAACGGCAUCUUCCUCAAGCGGACGUCGCGGCAACAGGUCUACUUCUUCCUCUUCAACGACGUCCUCAUCGUCACCAGGAAGAAGAGUGAGGAGAGCUACACUGUGAUAGACUACGCUCUGAGGGACCAGAUCUGGGUGGGCUCCUGCCAGCUGGAGGAUCUCAACCUCUCGCCGGUCAGAAGCACCACCGGCAUGCUCAGCUCCCGGCAAGCCGGCGCCAAUCAUCUUUUCCGCCUGCGUUUCCGGAGCAACCACUCGGGUGAAAAGGUGCCCAUGAUCCUGGGGACGGAGUUGCUGAAUGAGCGCGCUCGAUGGAUCAGUGCUCUGGGCCAGAAUGUGACCAACAACAAGAGUCGGGACAGAAUGCAUGCCAUGCAGAUGGAGGUGAUCAGAACAUACACAGCCAAGCAACCCGACGAGUUGUCCCUGCAGGUGGCUGACGUGGUGCUGGUCUCGCAGACGGUUGAAGACGGCUGGUGUGAAGGUGAGCGACUGCGCGACGGAGAGAGGGGGUGGUUCCUCGCCGAGUGCGCCGAGCCAAUCACAUGCCAGGUCACCAUCGAGCGCAACAUGCAGAGGAUGGACCGCCUGCAGGGGUUGGAAACGAACGUGUGAGCAGGACGAAGCGGCCGCUUACAGCGCAGAGGGCUUUCCUCUGCCGCUAGUGACCUUUUGAAACGCCAGUGAGCUGCAGUCACGAAGUAGUGAACCCAGACUAAUGAGUUCAGUAACAACGUGAGCGACCUGCCUGCAGGAACCAGCGCGGACCAGCGUGGGAGCUGUGAGGCUGCCGGGAUGAAAACAAAGCCAUAAUUCAGACUUCUUCUCAGCGUCAAGAUAAAUCUCAGGCGAGCUCCUGUUCUCCGGAGGGUCGGAACAGACGCAGUGGAAGGACAGAUUUUUCCAUAACUGGUGACCGGUCCUUGUGUGGGUGGGAGGCUUCGACAGUGGGAUCUGUCGCAUUCUUUAAUUCCGUUCGGAAAUUUUCACACCCACGCCCAAAGUCCCUGCUUUCAGCACUACGUCUGCUAGAUAACAGCUGUCGCUGUCAAACUUGUGAACUUGUUUUUUACGUUUAUUUUUUUUGUAGGGCCUAAGUGAUGCGUGAAGUCAUAAUUGAGACACUGCGGCUCCAGAGCGUAAGGCAGACCAAACGGUAUGAAGAUGACCGCAGUCCGGGGUCUGCUCUGUUAACGGGAUUCAGGCCAUGUGAUUAGGAGCUUUGCCAGCAACAAUACAACUAUGAAGAUGUUGAUUUUGGAAGUGACAAUUUGUGCAGGAUUCUGAGAUCGGCAGCGUCCUUGCAGCGCGUGGGUUUGAGCAGAAACUCACGAGUGUUUCAUUAGCACCCGGUGGCAAGUGAAACUAUGACGGUGACCUCCACCGCAACAGAAUCCAAUAUGGUUCAGGUUGAGAUGAAAAAGAAAGAUUAAUGCUACUGUACUUGUCUAAAGCCAGGGGCACUUAAAAACAAGUCAUUAAUCGGAUGAUGUAAUGAAUUACAGUCAUCUUGGAGUUAUCGUUUCAUGUCUUCCAGGCGGUUAAGCAGAGGGACCGAGUGUCUGUUUCCCACUCUGCCGUUUGUCACCAGGUCUCGUCACCCUCAUGACUCAGCCUCCACAUUUGUGUCACAACUGCCAUAAUUCUCUCCGUCCACUCGAUGAUUUUGGACAGCCUGAAAUAUCACUCACCACUUGACGCCGGCGAGAGGUGUACACAUAAAUAUCCCCCUUUAGGAUUUAUAUCUGUGAUGUUACAGAGGCAAACUGAAAUUAAUUUGCGUGUGCUGACGGCGAGAGACGAGCCAGGGCCCUGCUUUUAAUUUGAUCGUCCACAGUGAGUCAUCGUUUCAACGUCCAGCUAAAGGAAACAGAUGACAGAGUCGGAUGAUGACGCCAUCCAUCAAGCCCGCUGCUCUGGCCUCGGACCGGAUGACAACUACAACUGUCGAGCCCCAUGAAGCGAGGUAUGACAGUAGUGGGCAGAGCUUUGUGUUUGCACUCAGGGAAAAUUAGCUAAGUGAUACCAAGCAUCGAAGCGUUAAUUCAUCUUAACUUCAAUCACUUUGUUCUUGUAACUAUUGUGUAUACAUGUAAAUAUGUAAAACAGCCCGGAUUGUAACAUGUUUUCCAAAAUACAGAUUUAUAUUGCAGAAACGUGCUUAGUCAACCUUAUUAAUAAAAAAGCGUAAUUUCUUGGGGCUCUCACUGA